ACGCGAGGAGGAGCAUCCCCAUCAGCCUCCCGGGGAGGGAGGGAGCGAGGGAGACGGAGUGGAGGAGAAGUUUGUAGUUGGAGCCAGAGCUGGGUGCCGGCGGGGGGGACCAGGAGCCUCGUCACCCCCCUGUUCCUCUCUCUCCGUCCUUCCUCCUCCUGUUCUCGGCCGGCUGCCCCCCCAGCUCCCGCCGUGGGGUCUCAGCUGUCCGUGUCUGUCCCCCCCUCCCUGGCCGCCUACCUCCCCCGGCUGCUGGGAGCCUCGGGGCCGCUGCGCCGCCGGAGGAUGUCUCGCCGGGAGACGCCGCCGCCGCCGGCAUCGCCGCCGGCCCGGCGGGGGGGGGACGAGGACCGGCCGGAGCGAGCUGAGCCGCUGACGGACGCAGAGAGGGAGAUCAUCCAGGACACGUGGGGACACGUCUACCAGCACUGCGAGGACGUGGGGGUGUCGGUGCUCAUACGGUUCUUCAUCAACUUCCCGUCGGCGAAGCGGUACUUCAGCCAGUUCCAGGACAUGGACGACCCCGAGGAGAUGGAGCGCAGCGGCCAGCUCCGGCUGCACGCCCGGCGGGUCAUGAACGCCAUCAACAGCGUGGUGGAGAACCUGCACGACCCGGAGAAGGUGUCGGCCGUGCUGGCCCUGGUGGGGAAGGCCCACGCCAUCAAGCACCAGGUGGAACCCAUCUACUUCAAGAUCCUGAGCGGCGUGAUGCUGAACGUUCUGUCCGAGGAUUUCCCAGAGUUCUUCACGGCCGAGGUGCAGCUGGUGUGGACCAAGCUGAUGGCGGCGCUGUACUGGCACGUGACGGGCGCGUACACGGAGGCGGGCUGGCUGCAGGUGUCCAGCUCGGCGGUGUGAGGCCGGAGGGAUGGGAGGAUUCAGAGGAGGAGAGAAGA